AUGGCUGAUAAUGAGGAAGCCAACCUCAAUCCGAAAUCUCAAGCAAAAGCUGAAAUCAACCACGAGACUCACCAGAGCAUCAGUCACAGAGCGAAGCCUGAAGUCAAGCCUGCCGCGAUUCCAGCUGAGCACAAAGCAGACCACAACACCGACAGCGAAGCCGGGCGAGACGAUAGACAUCGCCUAUCCGAGCUCCAUCCAAGAGAUUCCCUCACCACAGGAGUCAUCUAUCUGGGCGCCGCUGUAUCUCACCCGCCGGCCUGGAGAGUCCAACCAGCCAAGCUCGCUAUCCUCAAGCCUCUCGCAAAGCCUGAAUUGCGUCGUUACUGCACAAAGGCGGGAGCCAAGAACAAGCGCGAUGACGAGUGCACUGAGAUCCGAUGUCUGGGAAUGAUCUGGAGACAGGAGUUGUUGAAGGUCCCACCUAUCUCUGUCCUGGUCUUUGACCUCAUCGUAUCGAUCAUCAAUGAUAUGAUUGCGAGCAAAGCCGAGGGAAAGGAGAAAGACAUUGAACAGUUCGACGGUGGCCCUGCGGUGUUUACAUCCACCUUCACAGGCAUGCCGGGAAAGAUAUCGUACUCUGGUAACAGCCCCAAUACCUAG